CUCUUAUUAUUUAUGGCUUUUCUAUUUAAAGCUUCGUUUAUAAACAUAUAUAUCUCACAUUUCUUCAUUUAAUUUGCAAUAUUCAUUUGAUCUCAUUCAUUAUACUUCUCAUCCUCUCUUCAGUAAAUAUGAUCAAUAAGUUAUGUAGAUCAAAACUUAUGGCCAUCCAUUUCGAAAUAGUGAGGAUGUAUUGUUUUGAUUGGCAAUAAGCAAGGUUGGGAAUGGGCUAGUGCGAGAGAUGUAGGUAUACUUAGUUCAAGAAAAUCGAGAGGAAGUAUGGAGUAUGCAUCCAAAUUUGUAGAAAGAGCUGUCGAUGUUGUGUUGGACCUGACUGUUCGGCAUGUGGGUUACAUCUUCUAUUACAAGGACAAUGUUAGUGAACUAAACAAUCUUGUUGAGAAGCUAAGUCUUGAAAGAAAGAGGCUGGAACAUCGAGUAGAUGAAGCUGAGGAUAAUCUAGGAAUAACCGAAAGUAAUGUUGCAGCUUGGCUUCAGAAAGUGGAUAAAACUAGAACUGAAACGGAGGAGUUUCAAGAUGAUGAAGGCCACACGAAGACAAGGUUUUCCAGUGGUUUAUUUCAUUACCUGAGGAACAGACAUAGACUAGGGAGAAAAGCAAAGAAGAUGGCAGUGGAUGUCAAGUUAUUAAUAGACGAGUCGAAGUUUGAUGGAGUUUCCUAUCAGCAAAAGCCAACAUCUAUGCAUGCUGCUUUGUUUAAUGAUGGCUAUGUAGAAUUUGGUUCUAGAACAUGCACAAUUGAAAGGAUAAUGGAAAAACUAGAAGAUUCUACAGCGAGAAUGAUUGGAGUGCAUGGGCCAGGUGGUGUGGGUAAGAGCACUUUAAUCAAAGAAAUUGUUAAGAAAGCUCAAGUCAAGAAGUUGUUCAAUGUGGCAGUUAUAGUAGAAAUAAAUGACAAUCCCAAUCUGCGAAAAAUCCAGGAAGAAAUUGCGUACGUGUUAGGAUUGAAUUUGGAAGGGGAAGGUGAGACUGUGAGAGCAGAUCGUCUAAGAAGGAGGUUAAAGAAAGAGAGGGAGAACACCCUUGUCGUCAUGGAUGACCUUUGGGACAGAAUAGACUUGAAUAAGAUAGGGAUUCCAUUUGACGAUGAUAUGGACGAUGAUUCAAGCCGUCUGAAAAUUGAAGAUAUGAAAGAUCCUAACUUCACAAUGGUGAAAAAAGGAAAAUCUCCUGGUGAUUAUAAAGGGUGUAAAGUUUUGCUAACUUCGAGAGAUAGAAAAGUAUUGUCUGAUAAAAUGGACGUCAAGUCAGUUUUCUGUGUAAGGGAAUUAGAUGAUAAGGAAUCUCUAAUGUUGUUUAAGGAGGAGGCUGGAAUACAUGCUGAAAUGUCCACAUUUAAACAGGAGAUUGUUAAGAAGUAUUGUGCAGGGAUACCCAUGGCAAUUGUUACUGUUGCAAGGGCAUUAAGAAAUAAGAGCGAGUCAGUGUGGGAAGCCACACUUGAAAAACUUAAAAAAGAGGAACUGAGUGGAGUGCAGAAAUCUAUGGAGAUUUCUGUGAAGAUGAGUUAUGAUCAUCUAGAAAGUGAGGAGCUCCGGUCCAUUUUCUUACUUUGUGCUCAAAUGGGUCAUCAACAAUUAAUUAUGGACUUGGUGAAGUAUUGCUUUGGAUUGGGUAUACUUGAAGGGGUCUAUACGCUAAGAGAAGCCCGUGAUAGAGUAUAUGCAUCAAUUCAAAAGCUAAAAGACUCGAGUUUGAUGUUGGAUUGUAGUUCCAAUGAUCAUUUCAAUAUGCAUGAUAUGGUUCAAGAUGCCGCUUUGUCUAUAGCACACAAGGAGAAAAAUGUAUUUGCUUUGAGAAAUGGCAAAUUAGAUGACUGGCCGGACAAGGAUAUACUCGAGAGGUGUAGUGCUAUCUCUAUACGCAACUGUGAUAUCAUUGACGAGCUUCCUAAAGUCAUACAUUGUCCUCAGCUUAAGUUCUUCCAAAUUGACAGCAAUGAUCCUUCUUUGAAAAUACCUGAGAAUUUUUUUGUAGGAAUGGAAAAACUCAGAAUAUUAAUAUUGACUGGUUUUCAUUUAUCGUGCUUACCAUCUUCGAUUAAAUUCCUAUUAAACCUCAGAAUGCUUUGUUUGGAGCGGUGUGCUCUAGGUGAAAACUUAUCCAUCGUAGGAGAGCUGAAAAAAUUAAGAAUUCUCAGCUUUUCUGGAUCUCAAAUUGAAAACUUGCCAGCUGAGUUAGGGUUCUUAGAUAAGCUACAGUUAUUUGACAUCAGUGACUGUUCCAUAAUGAAGGGGGUUUCACCUAAUUUUAUAUCAAGGUUGACAUGUUUAGAAGAGUUGUAUAUAAGAAAGAGCUUGAUCAAAGUGGUGGUUGAUGGAGAGCCAAACCAAAGUCAAAUUUCAUUUCUUUCUCAGUUAAAACAUUUACACCAAUUGAGGGUUGUAGACUUAUGCAUCCCGAGUGCUGCAGUUUUGCCUAGGGACUUGUUCUUUGACAGGUUAACUGAUUACAAAAUUGUGAUUGGAGACUUCAAGAUGCUUUCAGUUGGAGAUUUCAGGAUGCCAAAUAAGUACAAAGCAUUAAGAUCUUUGGCAUUGCUAACAGACGGCACUGACAUUCACGCUCAGAAAGGGAUAAAGUUGUUGUUUGAAAGAGUUGAAAAUUUGUUGUUGGGAGAGCUAAAUGGUGUUCAAAAUGCAUUUUACGAGUUGAAUUUGAAUGGAUUUCCAGAUCUCAAACAUUUAUCCAUCAUAAAUAACAAUGGCAUUGAAUAUAUUGUUAAGUCCAUAGAGCUGCUCAAUCCUCAGAAUGUUUUUCUCAAUUUGGAAUCUCUAUGCCUCUACAAACUGAGGAAGAUAAAGAUGCUGUGUUAUACUCCAGUUACAGAUGCCUCAUUUGCCAAAUUAAAAACCAUCAAGGUCAAGAUGUGUACCCAGAUGAAGACUCUCUUCUCCUUUUACAUGGUUAAAUUUCUUGCUAGUCUAGAAACAAUUGAUGUUUCUGAAUGUGAUUCUUUGGAGGAGAUUGUUGUUAAGGAAGGGCAAGCAAAUUUUAAUAAGGUUGAGUUUAAUAAGCUACGCUCUUUAACACUACAAUCGUUACCAUUAUUUACUAGUUUUUAUACCUGUGUUGAGAUGCCCUCUACAGAAGAGCAAAUAACAAAAAGAGAUCACAUAGAAAUUACUGUUGCAGAAGAUGAUCACAGUGUCAUGGAUCCCCUUUCACUCUUUGGUGAACUGAUUGAAAUUCCAAACCUGGAGAGUUUGAAGUUAUCCUCAAUCAAAAGUCAUAGGAUAUGGAGAGAUCGGCCACUAUCAAAUUUCUGCUUUCACAAUUUAAUAAAAUUAACUGUGAAUGAUUGCUAUAACUUAAAAUACUUAUGUUCAUUGUCUGUGGCUAGCAAUUUUAAGAAAUUGAAAGGCCUUUUUAUAAGUGAUUGUGGGAUGAUGGAGAAGAUUUUUAUCACUGAAGGAAACAGUAUAGACAAGGUCUGCAUCUUUCCUAAGUUGGAGGAAAUCCACCUCACCAAACUGAAUAGGUUGCAAGAUAUAUGGCAAGUUGAAGUUGGCGCCGAUUCCUUUUCUAGUCUCAUUUCUGUGCAUAUUGAAGAGUGUAAUAAACUUGACAAGAUUUUUCCUAGUCACAUGACAGGAUGGUUUGGGAGUUUAGAUAGCUUGAAGGUUAUUAAUUGCAUGUCAGUGGAAGUGAUUUUUGAAAUCAAAGAUUUUCAACAAAUGGAUGCAUCUAGGAUGGACACAAACUUGCAGCUUAUUGUGGUAGAGCAACUACUAAACCUGAAGCAAGUAUGGGACAGAGAUCCACAAGGAAUUCUUAGGUUCAAAAAUCUGCGGAAUAUAAAGGUUUUAAAUUGUAAUCAGCUAGGCUAUGUCUUGCCAGCUUCUGUGGCCAAAGAUCUAAAAAGGCUUGAAGGCAUUUCGCUAAAUAUUUGUGAUAGAAUGGAGGAAAUUGUUGCUUGGGAUGAUGGACCACAAACACGAUUAGUGUUUCCUGAAGUAACCUUCAUGAAACUUUAUGGCCUGCCAAAAGUUAAGCGUUUCUAUAAGGAGGGACAUAUAGAAUGUCCAAAACUGAAGCAGUUGGCUGUGGACUUUUGUGAGAAGCUGGACAUGUUCACAGCAGAAACCACAAAUGAAGAAAGACAAGCAGUUUUCUUAGCUGAAAAGGUAAUUUCCAACUUGGAGUUCAUGGAAAUUGGCUUAAAGGAAGCAUUGUGGUUAAAGAGCAACAAAUGGAAGUACCGAAUGGACUGUAUGAAAGAGCUUAGCUUGCGCUUAUUGGAGAGUAUUGAACUUCUCUACUGGUUUCUGGACAGAAUGCCUAAUCUAGAAAGGCUAAACUUGCUUUUCCCUUAUACGUUGGAAGAGUUAGUACCAAGUGAAAACAUAGCACCACAAGAAAGAUUGGGAACUGUAUUACAGCUCAAGACAUUGUAUUUGCGGUCAUCAGUGAUAAAGGAUCUAGGAUUUGACCGAGACCCACUUCUACAAAGACUAGAGCAUUUGCUCUUACUUGACUGCCACAGUUUGGUCACUUUAGCACCUUCCUCUCUAUCUUUGACUCACUUAACAUAUUUGGAAGUAAACUCUUGUCGUGGAUUAAUGAAUUUAAUGGCAAUCUCAACAGCUAAAAGCAUGGCUCAACUUGCAAAAAUGAAGGUAAUCGAAUGUAGCGUACAGGAAUUGGUAACCAAUGAGGGAAAUGAAGAAGACAGAGUGAUUGAAGUUGUAUUUAGCAAAUUGGUAUUUUUAGAGCUGGUAAGAUUAGAAAACCUUACAAGUUUCUGCAGCUACAAGAACUGUGAAUUUAAAUUUCCAUCAUUGGAAAUAUUGAUUGUGAGAGAUUGCCUCAAAAUGGAAACAUUCACUGUGGGUCAGACAACAGCACCAAAGCUACAAAAUAUACACACCAUUGGAGGAGAAGAGGAAGAGAAACAAUAUUGGGAAGGUGACUUGAAUUCCACUAUACAGAAAGUUUUCAAAGACAAGAUUUUUUUCAGAUAUACAGAGAAACUGAACCUUUAUGAUCAUCCUGAAUUAUUAGAACAAGUAUGGCAUUGCAGUGAUUUGGUGCAUGAGUACAUGUUUCACAACUUGACAUCUUUGGUGGUAUCACAAUGUAACAAUCUAGUGCACGUAAUUCCAUCUCAUUUACUUCCUUGCUUUGAUAAUUUGGAGGAGUUACACGUAACGAGGUGCAGUGCUGUGAAAGUCAUAUUUAAUAUAAAUGAUGCAAGGGCCACAAAAGCAAUGGGAACAUUUCGCUUGAAAAAAUUGUUUUUUUCUGAUCUACCAAUCCUGGAGCAUGUAUGGGACAAAGACCCUGAAGGAAAUUUUUGCCUUCAAGUGCUACAAGAAAUGAAUGUUUUUGAAUGUGAUACCCUUAAAUAUUUGUUUCCUGCAUCGGUGGCUAAAGAUCUUACUAGACUUGAGCUGCUUAGAGUAACACGCUGUAAAGAGUUGGUAGAAAUAUUUUCAGAGGAUGAAAUACCUGCAGAAGGAGCAACAAAAGAGUUAAUGUUUCCUUCUCUGACCUCAUUGUACAUAAUAAAAUUGCCAGCGCUCAAAUACUUUUAUCGUGGUUUACAUAAGCUAGAAUGGCCCAUGCUAAAAGAAUUGCAUGCAUAUCGGUGUAACUUAGUGAUACUCGAAUGUCAAGAAGAUCAUCCAGAGGAGCAAGCCCUUGUUCCAGUUGAAAAGAUUCCUAGUAUGAAGCAUUUAUCAUUUGGUAUUGGAGACACCGAGGUUACAUGGAAUCCGAAGUCUUGUAAAUUACAAUUUGAAAAACUGGAAUGCUUUCAACAAGAGUCAGAUAGUGUUCUAUAUCGGUUCCUUGGCAUGUUACCCAUUAUAAGAAAGUUGGAAUUCAGAUAUGGUUUACUUGAAGAGUUGUUCUCUGCUGAAAGACCUAAUGCUGAUUACACAAGAUUCCUCUUGCACCUCAAAGAAAUAGAGUUAAAUAAGAUUUUUAAUCUCAACUCCAUUGGUUUAGAGCACUCUUGGCUACACCCCAUUCUUGAAAAUCUCCAAACAUUAGAAGUAAGACGCUGCUAUCGUUUAAUAAACUUGGUACCAGACAUGGUAUCUUUCUCCAGCCUCACAUAUUUGGAUGUAAGUAUAUGUAGUGGAAUGCUAUAUCUGUUUACAUCGUCAACAGCCAAAAGUCUGUGCCGACUCAAAGUAAUGAAGAUAGAAUCGUGUGAAUCAAUGCAAGAGAUAUUGUCCACAGAGGGGGAUGAAUCAGGUGAAGAUAAAAAGUUAAUAUUUGAGGACCUCCAGACUUUGUUUCUAAAAGAUUUAUCAAAGCUAAGGUGCUUUUACCCUGGGAAGUUUUCCUUGUGCUUUCCAUCCUUGGAGAAAGUGUCCUUGAUUCAAUGCAUCUGGAUGAAAACUUUCAGUCCAGUCAACAUGAUAGAUCCGACCAAAUUGUCUUCUGGAGUUACAUUCAUCAAAGAUAAAACCCCACAAUGGGAAGGUGAUCUGAAUGCUACAAUACGCAAGAGGUUUGAGGAAGAGAUUUCUGGUUAUGCACCAAAAGGAACUGUUGUGAGUCUCUUUGAUGAACCAGUACUACAGGAUGUAUGGCAUGGCUUGCCAGUCCCACAAUCUUGCUUUGGAAAUUUGGAGGAAUUAAUUGUGGACGGGUGCCAAUUUUUAUCCGAAGUACUACCAUCCAAUUUACUUCCUUUCUUAACAAAAAUGGAAAAAUUGGCAGUUCGAAAUUGUAGUUCUGUGAAAACCAUAUUUGAUGUGAGACGUAUAACAGAAGACAGAAAAAUGAAAACCAAGGGACCAGCCCUGAUGCCCUUCCCUUUUUCCCUGAAGGUAUUGACUUUAGAGCAGUUGCCAAAUUUGGAGAAUGUUUGGAAUGAAGAUCCUCAUGGAAUUCUAACAAUUGAACUUCUAAAACAAGUAUAUGUUGAUGACUGUAAAGGCCUUAUAAGUUUGUUCCCAGCCUCAGUAGCCAAAGAUCUUGUGAAACUUGAAGAUCUACACGUGAAACACUGUGAAGAGCUGAUGGUUAUUGUUGCAGAGAAUAAUGCAUAUCCCAAAGGAACAAUUUUGGAGAGUUUUGCAUCUCAUGAAGUUGAUGCAUCGGAUGAGGUUGAAAAGAUAAUAUUUGAGGAGCUCCAGGCUUUGUAUCUUAAAGAUUUACAUGAACUCAAGUGCUUUUAUUCAGGGAAUUUUACUCUGUGUUUUCCAUCCUUGGAGCACGUGUUUGUAAUCAACUGUCACAAAAUGGAAACUUUCUGUCCAGGUACCAUCAAUGCACACAAGUUGUUGGAAGUUAAAUUUCAGGAUAUCUCAGAUGCUGUCCCAUUGGAAAUUGACCUCAAUUCUACCAUACAGAAGGAGUUUCUGGCACAAGCUGACCCAAAUAACUCGGUUAGACCAUAAGAAGAUGCAUGACAUUGAUGAAUGAUGAUGAAGACUGUUGAGUGGUGAGGUCCAACUUCAAUACUGCAGCAAAAUGACUGGAAAAUGAGGUUGAUGGUAAAGACAGUUGAUGAAGAGGAAUGAAGUUGUCCAUUGGUCAUACUUUUUACGUUAUUAUAUUUGGAUUUAUUCCAGUGUUACUAUGUUGUGCGUUUAAGAAAUUAAGUACGGUUGUGUGGUUUAAGUUACAAUAAGUUGAUUGUUCUAUAUAUUAAUGUAACAAUGUGUGUGAUUGUAUGCCAUGAAGAAUAAAUAUGGCCUUGUAUUGUUUGAUAUAUAUGUACUAUUA